AUGAGUGAGUCCAUUGAAGCACUAAUUAAGCUACAGCUGAAUCGAUUCGCAGCACUUGAAAAGAUUCUGGCAAAUUUUAAGAAAGAUUCAACUGCACGUAAGACAAAACCAUAUUUUCAACAACGGCUGUCGCGGAUCGAUGAUCUUAACAGUGAGUUUUGUACCACUCACAAAUUGAUUGUUUGUUCCGAUAUCGCCGAAGACGAUGGAUAUUUCCGUGAGGAUGUAGCAUCUCAAUUUGAAGAGAUGCAUCUCGAUUUGUUUUGUUUGCUGACUCAACGCCAGGAAGAGAUGUAUCCCCGUACAAUUCCGCCGGAUGAACCACUGCCGUCGAAUCUUCAAAAUCGAAAUACAUCCUCUAUUAAGCUGCCACGAUUGCCAGUUCCCUCGUUCUCUGGAAGAUUCACUGAAUGGCCCAGCUUCCAUGACUCUUUCAAUCGACUCAUUCACCAAAAUAUUGAGUUGAACUCAAUACAAAAAUUUCACUAUUUAAAACAAGCACUUCCAGCCGACCGAGAUGUCGAUAUACACCAAAUGCUUUUAACUGAGGUAAAUUAUGAUACUGCUUGGGACUUGUUGCUCAAGCGUUACAACAAUCCGCGAAUCCUGUUUUCGCAGCAUAUGAACACGCUUUAUAAUUUACCCCAGUUAUAUAAAGAGAAAUCUGAUAACAUCAAAUCAAUGCUGAACGUGGCAAAUGUCUGCGUAAAUGAAUUUAAACGCCUAAAAAUUCCAAUCGGCGGAUGUGACCACUGGGUUGCUCAUUAUCUUGCGACCAAGCUGCCAACCGACACGCAUACCGCAUGGGAGCGACAUCUUGGAAGUAAAACCGAUAUACCAACAUUCGGUGAGCUGGAAGCGUUUUUAAACACUCGUAUUUUCACAAUCGAUGCAAUCGAAAAUCGCAGCAUGACCUUUACUGCUUCAUCUGCAGUUAAAUCUCCAAAGGAUACAAAACAUCAAACCCCUUUCAAUUAUAACAACUCAAAACCCAUUCAGAGAUCGAUUGUUAAUGUUAAAAGUUUUCACGCUGCUCCAAACGUCAACACCGCUCAAGUUGAAUCUUGCGCUUUAUGCGGUCAAGCACAUAUUAUACGCCGCUGUCCAACCUUUCUCUCAAAAGAUUGCUAUGAGAGGAAGGCAAUCGUUGAUAAGGCAAAGCUGUGUCUUAAUUGCUUAAGUAAGGCUCAUGCACUUUCUAAGUGCACUAGCAUCAAAAAUUGCCUCCAGUGUGGCCAACGUCACCACACUUUACUGCAUUUUCCGUUCGCUACAAAGACUACUCCUGCAAAUAACGCUCUUACGCCAUCAACUCAACGCGUUUUAUCCAAUUUCAGCAACGUUUCAGCACCUCCACAAGAACAAUCAGUUCCAAUUUCUUCAAACACACCUCUUUCGACAGCAGUUUUAGAGGCAAGGCGCUUCACUCGCGCUCAUUCUACGCUAGCGGCAAAUUCAACACAAUUGGGUGUCGAUAGGAUCCCCGUACAGGGGCCGAGACACAUACUUCUUGCCACGGCGUCAGUAGUGCUGUGCAACGAAAUCACGAAUCGAUCGGCGAUAGUACACGCUUUGAUCGAUCAAGGAUCCGAAGGAACGCUUAUUACAGAAAAUGCUGUUCAGCAAUUAGGCCUGCAGCGUCAUCCCACCGCUGCAGAUAUAUGCGGAGUAGGCCCAAACCUAUUUAGCCAAUCACGAUCAUUGGUUAGCUGCACUCUUCGUUCAUGCCACGAUGAACACUUCGCCGCUCAUAUUGAGUCUGCUUAUGUUCUGAAGCAACUCACAGCACCCCUGCCCAGCCAGGAAAUUGUGCCACAAGAUAUGGCACAUCUACGAGGACUCGCUCUCGCCGAUCCCAAAUACUACCAGCCGAAAAGAAUUGACCUCAUUAUCGGCGCAGACAUGAUCGCCCAAAUAUUGGAGCCGGAAACCCGCAUUGGCCAUGUUAACCAACCUAUUGCCCAAAACACUCAUUUGGGAUGGAUUCUGUCGGGACGAAUAAAUUCUGACACGCCUUCUACUGUCACUAUUCGCUGCCACCACAGCAACCUUGAGCUUGAAGGGCUUGUGCGAAAAUUCUUUGAGAACGAGCAUGUGCCCACUUCUGUACCAAUGUCCGCUCAAGACCAGUGGUGCGAAGAUUUUUUCCGUAGCACUUAUACUCGACAAGCAAAUGGUAAAUAUCUGGUUCGUUUGCCUCUGUAG